AUAGAUUUCGUCUACUUGCUUUGGAGAUGCAUCCGAUGUUACUCUGAGUGUAACAUUUCCAUACCCAAGACAUUUCAGAUACUUUGUAUCGUAAACGCUGAUUUCCUAUUACUAGAGUACAUAUUAGGAAAAUAAGUGUUUGAUAUCUCAGAAAUACCACGAUUUUCAGUUUGCUUUCGGGCGGUUUCUAAUUCGGGCAAUUGAAUGAAGCGCUGAAAGAAUUUAAUAGAACGUUAGUGGAUUACCAAAACGUCACAUUCAAAUAUAUUGUUCAAUCAAAUACAAAAGAGAAGCAAGAAAGUUACAAAGCAAUUCGGCGACGCCUAUCUUUUUUCGGUUUAGUUUUUGGUGUUCUUUUUGUUUUCAAGGGCUUCCCAUACUUGAAAAGUAUAUGUAUACUACAUUUUCUACAUAAUUUAUACUUAAACACAGCGUUUGGUUAUGGACCAGGCGAUUGCCGGCCUUUCAGCUGGCAUUUGUUCAACGCUAGUCAUGCAUCCUUUAGACUUGGCGAAGGUUCAGAUGCAGGCUUCUUCGAAUCGAAAAGGUAUUUCUUUGAUUCAUGUAUUACAAAAUAAUAUAAAGUACACAGGAUCAAUACGAUCUCUUUAUCAUGGACUAGGUGUUAACAUGCUCGGUUCAGCUGUCAGUUGGGGUACCUAUUUUUAUGUCUAUGGUUUCACGAAAAGUUUAUUCUUGGGAACAACAUCUUCGGAACCUGUCCCAAUCACCGCUAUGCAGACUUUGAUAAGUUCAGCGUUCGCGGGUUGUAUCGUGGCUGCUUUCACGAACCCAAUGUGGGUAGUAAAGUCACGGAUUUUAUCAAGGACCGUGAAUUACAGCAAUCCUUUUUAUGGUGUCUAUCAUCUUCUGAAAAAUGAGGGAGUGAGAGGCUGUUAUGCUGGUUUUACACCUUCUCUUUUAGGUGUUUCACAAGGUGCCUUGCAGUUUAUGGCUUACGAGAAACUCAAAAUAUGGCAUAAAGGACAACCAUCGAAUUUAGAUUAUUUAUUUAUGUCUGCGGCCUCCAAAGUAUUUGCUGCUAUGAAUAUGUAUCCACUCCUUGUAGUUCGCACUCGUUUGCAAGUGUUUCAACCAGGAAUAUCAAUGCUUGAAAUGUUUAAAAAAAUAUGGAGAGUAGAAGGCCCCUUAGCUUUUUAUAAAGGAUUUCAACCUCAUUUAUUGAGAGUUAUUCCGCAAACUUGUAUUACUUUCUUAGUUUAUGAGCAAGUAGGUCUACAUUUCAAAUCUCGCGCUUCCUUAUAAGUCAGAAGAGCUUAUAACGAAAAAAAAAAGUAUAAUUUUGAUAAUUAUUGUAUAAAUAAACUUCCUCUUAUCUCACAAAC